ACUGACUUCCAUCCUGGCUGAGGGACAUGAAGGCGCAGUGUGCUUCUCAUUGGCUCCUGGGUGUGGCACUCUUUCUCUGCUCAGUCCACACCCACAGUCUCAGGAGAUGUCUGAUCUCUGUGGACAUGCACAGCAUAGGAAAGAGUUUCCAGGAAAUGAAGAGAGGCCUGCAAACUAAGGACACUUUCCAGAAUGUCACCAUCCUGUCCACACUGGAGAAUCUGGAGAGUAUUAAGCCUGUAGAUGUGUGCUGCGUGACCAACAGCCUCCUGACAUUCUACAGAGACAGGGUGUUCAAGGACCAUCAGGAGAUGAGCCCCGAGGUCCUGAGGAGAAUCAGCAGCAUCGCCAACUCUUUCCUCUACAUGCAGAAAACCCUGGAGCGAUGCCAGAUGCAUAGACGGUGUCACUGCAGUCAGGAAGCCACCAAUGCAACGAGAAUCAUCCAUGACAACUACAAUCAGCUGGAGGUCUCAUCUGCUGCCCUCAAGUCUCUAGGAGAGCUGGACAUAUUCUUAGCUUGGCUGGACAAGAACCAUCAGGAAACGCCUGCCCGCAACUUGACACUAAAUGCCUCCUCUGAUUAGGCAUGCACAUCCACUGUGAGGG